AUGUUUGUUUUACCACCUCCACCUCCCCGCUAUACUAUCCCUGUCGCCUACGCGGCGGGGGCGGCAAAUGGUAUGGCGGUCCCAGUUGUCGAGACGAACAACACCAUUAGCCACCCGGACGGUGGAUGCCCACUGCAGGUUGGAGAAGGAACCUACACACUCAAAGACGACCUCCUCCUGGCAACACCUCCUCCUCACCCUUCUGAGGCCCCGAUCAUCAAUCCCAACCCUCUUGCGACGGUUCCCAAUCCCCCCACAUCUGGUGUAAAGUUGUCUUUGGUCAGCCUCGACCCUCGCAAGAAGCCACCAACCUUCCUUAAGGGAGCCGUCUCCGCUCCUCAAUUUGGAGAUGGAAACCCCGCGCUUGCGCAACCAGCACCACCUGCAAAGGAUGCACUGAAGCGACGAAAGCCCAAGAAUAACAUCAUUAAGAGUAGCUCAUCUUUUGUCUCGCGGGUGAUCACUCACGAGACAUCGGCCAAGCGAUUGAGUGACCGCGAUCCAAAUGGAACCUUCGCAUUUGCCAACAUCAAUCGUGCAUUUCAAUGGCUCGAUAUCACCUCGGCGUCCAAGGAAGAGCAUCUCACAAAAGUUUUGUUUACCAAGGCUCACAUGUUGUGCCAUGAUAUCAACGAACUGACCAAGACCUCGUCUCACUUGGACAUUGUGAUGGGAUCUUCUGCGGGGGACAUCAUUUGGUAUGAGCCCUUAUCGCAGAAGUACGCCCGCAUCAACAAAAACGGUGUGAUCAACAACUCCCCUGUGACACAUAUCAAAUGGCUUCCUGGAUCAGAGAAUCUCUUCAUGGCAUCACAUGCGAAUGGUGUUUUGGUGGUCUAUGACAAAGAGAAGGAGGAUGCCUUGUUCACAGCAGAGAACACCGGCAUCCCGGAGAGAGACCCUAGCCAGUACCCCUUGGAGAUUCUCAAAUCAGUCAACUCGCGAAACCAGAAGACCAACCCCAUCUCAUCAUGGAAGUUGGCCAGCCAGAAAAUCUCUCACUUUUCGUUUUCACCAGAUCAGCGGCAUUUGGCAAUCGUUAUGGAGGAUGGUUCUCUACGCCUCAUGGAUUAUUUGAAAGAAGAGGUUCUGGAUAUUUUCAGAAGCUAUUAUGGUGGGUUGAUCUGUUCCUGUUGGUCACCCGAUGGGAAAUACAUUGUCACAGGUGGCCAGGAUGAUCUUGUAACAAUUUGGUCAUUCCCCGAACGGAAAAUUGUAGCUAGAUGUCAAGGUCACAACUCGUGGGUGUCAUCAGUAGCCUUCGAUCCUUGGCGCUGUGACCAGAAGACCUAUCGAUUUGGCAGUGUCGGUGAUGACUGCAGACUACUACUUUGGGAUUUCAGCGUUGGAAUGCUCCAUCGCCCUCGUGCGCAUCAUCAAAAUUCUACCAGACAACGCACUAGUGUUGUUGCACCGAGCUCCCAGUCUAUUCGCCACCGUGCCGACAGUUGGGGCAAUCGGAUGAGAUCCGAUUCUGAAAGGACGGAGAACACAUACGACGAUGUCGAGCCAUUGACCAGCCAUCCUGUUGAACCUCGGUCGCGGACUGCUCUUCUGCCACCGAUUAUGUCUAAAAUCGUAGGCGAAGACCCCAUUUGCUGGCUAGGAUUCCAGAAGGAUUGUAUCAUGACAUCCUCCCUUGAAGGUCACAUUCGCACCUGGAAUCGCCCAAAUGACAGCGUGGUCAAGUCAUGA